AUGUCGAGCUUAUCGAACCAAGGACUGUCCUGGAAGCAGUAUCUUCCAUUUAACCGAUCUCCCAGACCAAUUCCCGACCCCAGCAAGAAUGAACGCCGACUGCUCGAACGCUGUUCAAACAAAAACCUAGAACAGGUCUCAUCAGGAGAACUUGGGGCAUAUUUGCUCCAUCUGCGAUCACUUACGAAGAAACUAUGGUUGGGCAAAUGGGACUCCCUGAUUGAUCAAGAGUACAUAUUGCACGAACAGCCAUUUGAGAAGAUUGUCCAGCUCUGCUACGAAGUUGCCGAUGUGCUUCGGGAGCAUGGCGCGAUCUCCAUUAACAAGAUAGUGCAGAAAAUGCAGGGAAAGAAGAUUAUUCGUGUAGAUACCGACCAGUCCUAUGACUCAUACGGCCUGAUUUUCAGUAUCUUGGGAUGGCUAUCGCUACUGUACAUUCCGGCGAUACAAGAUCAAUCAGGCGAAAUGAGGAUCAUCACCCAGUCCACUCAGCUGACAAUAAAAGAUAAAAUACCGACGGAGUUGGUAAGCAGGCCGUUGGAUGAGCUACUGCGAAAAUUCGGAGAACUCCUCCCCAUUCGAGAUAUCGGACGAAACGAACCUGUUUCCCAGAUCAAUGCACAGGCGGCCACGCCUACUAGACUGGAAGUUUCACACAUGAAUGUGGCAACUCUCAAAGACAUGGCUAACAUGCAAAUAAUCUGGGUGGACUCAUUGAGCGAGCAUCUAGAAUUUGAUCCGGCCCAACCAUCACUGAGCCUGUUCAAAUGUCCAUCUUUCUGUCGCAUCCAGAAACAAUCCGAUGAAUCGACUCUCGCUAUUAUGUUACGUGACUUCUAUGAGGAUUAUGAGAAGCCCAGCGAGGACUUUACCGUUGCAAAGCUGCUCAACGAAGUCAUCUUGUCUUACGUGUUGCUGUUCAGAUCUGACAGAAGGUCACGGAAAGUAUAUGAACGCUCAGAGCGCGCCAGGGCUGCACUGUACAGAGAGGGGAGCCACUUCUACACGGAUCCCUUCCUGGAUGAGCUUUGCGGCAAUAGAAGCUCGUCCUGGUUUGCGUUUGGCGGACCGAUACGUGAAUCAUAUGAUUCGAGUGUUGAUUUUCCAGUGUUCAAGGCCCGUCUCGAGAGGAUCCAGCAACAUGUCAAAGAUAUACAGCCGAACCGUUUCAUGUCACUCUGGCGUGAUCAGCGGGACCUCAGGCUCUGGUACACUAUCUGGGCGGUCAUAAUACUCAGCAUCAUUGGCAUUGUCAUUGCAGCGAUUUCCAUGUUUCUAGCUGCGAUUCAAGUCAAUUUGGCAAAGAUGGCUUACGAGCUACAGCUCAAAGGUCAAUCCUGA